CCCACGCGCUUACACGCUCCCACACUCGCGCAACCACGGCGACUCCACGCCUCCCGCUCGCCAUUGCCCCCACCGCAGAUCUAGCCGCUCCGACCUCGCGGCAUGCCUCCACGGCGGCGAGGCCUGAGGACGGCGGCCGAGGCCGCUCCCCCUCCCCCUCCCCCUUCCCCCUCUCGAUUCCCUCCCCACAUCCACGAAGCCUUCGCGGAGAUGGUGAGAUUGAUUUCACCGGUUCCGAAGGGGGUACUCAUGGCGACUGGGGCUCAGGGGUGGGUGGAGCGGGCGACCAGGAUUCGCGACGCCGCUGCGGCGUGGAUUCGGCAUGUUCAGGAGUGGAAGGUGGCAGAUCAGGCGGUGGCGGCGGCGAGGGAUCCGGACACGCGAGCCGCGGCGGCCAGGUAUGCAGAGGUUUGCCAGACGAGAGCAGAGGGAGAGCAGAGGAUCCUGGCGAAGCAGAUCUACGACGAGGCCACGGCGGAGGAGAGGAUGAGGAUGCCUGCCUUUCCUCACUCCUCGUCGGCCGCGUUCGUGAUGUGGGCGAGGGCGGAGGCAAAGUCAGAGGAUCCCCGGAGGGCGCUGCGAUGGGAGUGCUUGUUGGGAGUGAUAGCAUCAGGUGCGCCGCUGCAAAUCUCAUCCUGGCCACCGGCGUCCAGUCGGGAUUGAGCUCGGCUGCCCAUACGGUGCGUUCCACGCCGCCAGGAUCUGCAAGUCAGGGGAAAAGGGCCUCGCCGGCCAGUAGGCGGGUCUCGCCGCCGCCGUUGGUGAUGACCUCGCCGAGUAGAAUAGUCAACGGCAAAGCUAGGAGGGCUCUUCUGCUUGGGAGAGGUGAAAUCGGACGGGGCGAGAAGGGGCCACGUGGCGCAGUGGUGACCGCCGAUGCUAGUGGGGUGACGAAGCAGGCGCAUAAUGAUAAUACGCCUUCCAGUGGAAAUUCUCGAGAGGCCAAUAAAUCCCCCCAUGCUAGGGUUCGCCGCCAGAGGGCCUCUAACCGAAACCUGGUCUGGAUCAGGAAGGAGUUGGUAGAGAAGGGCGAGUUCUCUGCCGAUGACUGCCACCCUAUAGGGAGAUCAGAUCGGCUACCACCACCAAAGCAAUUCAGUUUUUUGAGAGAUCUGUGGUCUAGGCAGACUGGGCGAAUUGCGUUUGCGGAGGUUGUUAAGAAGAUGGCUGGCGGAGGAGGUCGAGAAAAUUCAAGGGGAGGAGGAAAAUAUGCGGCAGGAAGGGGGAGGAAUGAGUUGGGGAGACCUACAGCUCCAACGACCGUCCCCACUGUUCCUCCAGCUAGGCCCCGUGCGCAAAAUUCAGGCCCCCCUGUGAAUAUCUUCUCCAGACCACCGAUUGCGCCGCUGAUGCCUGGACCGAAUAUGGUUCCUCCCGGCCACAUGUUCCCUGGUUACCAUGGAGGGGGCUGGGGCAACCACUACAAUCAGAUGCCGCAGUGGCCACAACAGAUGCAGUUUUCGUACCAGUAUAUCCCACCGCCUGUUGGUCCUCCAAUCAAUUACCAACAGCAGCCUGCGAGGAGCAGCAGUGGGCAGAUUGGGGGAGCAUGCAGCCUGUGUAGUUGGGGCAACCUGGAACUAGUAAGUCCAAGAAGAAGCAGAAGGCUAAGACUCUGAAAAAUCAAGAAGCUGGCGCUGGGAUAAAUCAAACUUCUGACACUGUUGAUGAGGCAGGUAGCUAUCAGGUGGAUUCUAAGUUCAUUGGGGCUAUCUGCUACAACUGUGGGGUACUAGGUCACUUUGUUGGUAUGUGCCCUGUUCCUAAAGUUUGCUUCAUGUGUAAAACUCCUGGACAUCACAUGGAUGUCUGACCUGCUUGGUACAAGACCUACCCUGCUGCUCAGUAUUGGGGGAGUGCCAAUACAGGGCUGGGUUUCUUUCAUGUGGAAACAGGGGAAACAAAUGACAAUGAUUGGUUGAAUAUUGGUAAUGUGGGGUUUGUUAUAGUUGAAGAGGGAGCUAUCACUGCUGAGGAGCUGGGGCGAUGUUUUUCAGAUAUGUGGAAGACUAACUGGCCUUGGCAGAUAAGGCCAUUCAACAAAAGUAAGUUCCUUGUGAGAUUUCCUCCAAACAAAAGGAUUGCAAAAUUGGUGGAGUAUGACUCAAUCAACCUGAAGAAGAAAGGGGUUACAAUUUCCUUUGAAGACUGGCUAGGAGAUCUACCAUCAUAUGAUUCAUUAACAGAGACAUGGGUGGUGAUUGAGGGACUGCCUCCUAAAUAGUUUAGCUGGAACACCUUUGUGCAAAUAGCCACCAUUCUGGGGAUUCUGGUUAAUGUGGACUGGCACCUAAUUUUCAGAAGCUUCUAUGAAAAAGUGAGAAUUCAGGUGGCUGUCAGAUAUCCCAAGAAAAUUCCUACUGAUAGAGUAGUUGAAAUAAACCAUGAACUGUAUUUACUGAAGUUUACUAUGGAGGAGGAAGCAGUGGCUGGACAAAGUACUGAUGACCCAUCUGAUCCAAAGAAGGGAGAUAAAGGGACUGAUCAGGGAGAAUAGGAUGAAUUUGAAAAUGAUGAUCUCCUAGGGGAAGAUAUGGAUACUAGUCAUGAUAAUAAUGUCAGCAAGACAAAUCAUACCCCCCAUGCCUUCUGCUACUCCCAAACACAAGUCAAAGAGCAAUACUGUAUGCGCUGAUGAGGUAAAAUCAAGCCUAGAGAAAACAAUGUUUGCUAAACUACAAGAGGCUCCUAUAGCCAAGAGUUAUGUGGAAAUAGUGAAGAAGAAACCUGUGGAGAACAUUGGUGUCCAUCUCUUGCCUCAGUUUGAAGCUGUUGAAAGGAGAAGUGAUACUAAUGGACAAAAAUCUGAUGCUGCUACAAAGGAUAAAAAAGGAAAAUGGGGCCCUGUAGUAGCUACCAGAAUGAGUGAUAGGGUGAAGAGAGAUUGCAAACCUGCCCUGCAAAAAGCUCAAGAACUAAAGAGAAUGAGGGAUUUGGAAAUACCCAAAUACAAGCAGGAUAAAGGUGAACUAAAUGAAAUCUAGAGGAGGGAAGAGAUUAAAUCCAGACAGAGAUAUUCUGGAAGGAGAGCAGAACACACAGUAUUUUCAAGCGGUGGCUAAUCAAAAAAGAAGAAAGAAGCAGAUACUAAUGCUGGAAAGUGAAGAUGGAAUGGUCACAGACACUCCAGGGUGUGUGGAGAAAGAUGGCAGCUAUGCUAUCUGCAUGGGAGAUCCUAUACUCAGGGCUUGUUAAUGACAGAGUGCGUUGGCUGGUUGCAAGGCUGGAACAAAAUAUAAGAGAGCCUCCUCUGCUCAUGUGGCCGGACCCUGGGUAGGACAAAGAUGUUGCAAUGUGAUGAUCACUGCGCCUGGUGGGGAAGAUGAACGCGGUGAACUUUCUCUUCCACCCCUGGAGGCCUGCACUGCAUGGCCAGUGAGCCUGAAGGAGAUGAUGUAACACCUCAAAUGGUGUGAUACAUUUGUGUAAUUUUAGGCGUAUCAACUUGCCAGGCCGUGAGUGUGCGGCUUUUGGGUUCUUUCUGCUGUUUUAGUUCUGCUUUAGAGGAGUGGUGUAGAAGGGUAGCCUCUUUUAGUGCUGCCUAGUUGAGACUUGAGGAUGGUGUAAAACUGAAUUUGGUCUGGUUUCAUUGAUCAAUGCAAUGGAGCCGGGGCUCUCGAGCCCUUUUCCUCUAAAAAAUGCUCUAUUUCCCCCUUUUUCUUGUCUUAGAGCUUUUUUGGUUGUUAUCACCCUUGCAGGCGUAGGUUUCGAGGAACAAGAAGACUCAAUGAUUUUACCAGUAUAUACACCACUCUGGGAUUUUUUGGUCUGCUCUCCUACUACGUGGUAUCUGACAUGAAAGAAGAUGGCGCUAAAGGCAAGAACUAUGAAGCGAAUAUCGUCUCUGACCCAAAGAAUGAUAUGAACUAGCUUUAUAUUAGAAGUCUAGAAAAUCUCCUGAGCGUUGUAGUUAUUAGGGACUUACUGGGGGAUAUUUAUUGGGAAGCUCUUGAAGAUGCUCUAAAUG